CGAAAAGAAAGGCUGCCAAAAUGGCGACCCAGUCGGUGCAGACUUUCGGCCGCAAGAAGACCGCCGUCGCGGUGGCCUACUGCAAGCAGGGCAGCGGCCUCAUUAAGCUGAAUGGCCAGCCCCUGGAGCUGGUGAAGCCCGAGGCUCUGCGCUUCAAGGUGUUUGAGCCCAUCCUGGUGAUUGGCCGCGCCAAGGUGAAGAACCUGGACAUCCGCCUGCGCGUCAAGGGCGGCGGCCACGUGUCGCAGAUCUACGCUCUGCGCCAGGCCAUCGCCAAGGCCGUGGUUGCCUUCUACCAGAAGUACGUGGACGAGCAGAGCAAGCAGCAGAUCAAGGACGCGCUCCUGCAGUUCGACAGGACGCUGCUGGUGGCUGACCCCCGCCGCUGCGAGCCCAAGAAGUUCGGUGGUCGCGGUGCCCGCGCCCGCUUCCAGAAGUCGUACCGUUAAGCGGUACGACCGCAUGCCACGUGGCAACUGCCGCCGUCGGGGGCGUGGGUCUGGGCGGCGCAGCGGUGCGUGGCUCGCCCCAGCUGGUUCCUCAGCCGGGGCGCUUUCGGAGGUGUCGUCGUGGUGUUGUCGUGGCUGGCGCGCCGGCCGCCGGGCGUCGGUGGCGACGGCGGCGGCUAGUCGCUGGCGGCGCGCGGGGUGGCGCAGUCGUGGGCCCGCUUCGCAGCGGCUGGCGGCUGCGGCGGCGGCGCGCGCGGCCCGCGGGGUACGGCGGGCGCCGGCGGUCGCCUGAGCCAGUGCGGCGUAGGGCGACGGCUCGGCUCGGCGCGUGUGCUUGGCGAGCCGGCCGGGGAGGGAGAGGUUUAACGCGUCUGGACGAACCGCCGUCUAGUCCAGGUGUAACUCACUGGUGAAAUAGCGUCAAGUGCCGCUGCAGCUUGUGGGUGCGAGUCCACCAGAGUGACCUAUGCCUCGAGCAGCUCUCCUCGACCGCGCUCAGCGUUCGUCGCAUUUUGCUGCACUUCCACGACACAGUUGCGCAGACCUGCGGCACCGACAGCAAAAGGUGCGGCUGUCUAGCAUGGAAGCCAGCAGCGCAUUACGCCAGGGGGACCACGGGUUUCCCCCUACUUGGUCUCCUGCUCAGCGGCGGUGCUAGGCGUUCCGUAGUGACUGUGUCAAGGAAAGCCGGCGGUGCGGAGAGCUGCAUGGAGCCGGACGCACCGUGUGUCAUGUAUGGGUGGCGGCACCGAAGUGGUUUAGACGGCAUACAUACUACGGUACUGUACUAGCCCAGGGUCGAACACACAAAACACGAUGAUGACUCCCCGGGCGUGCAUAGUGACAGGCAUGCGUGGCGUUGACAGCAACUGGUGUGUGUGGUUACAUUCGACAGCCAGUGUCCCUACCCUGCCGUUGCAAAUUGUUUGCCAUCUGCUGGGGUCUGAGCGUCAGCUGCAACCCUACGGGACCCCUGAACCUGCCUAAACAAUGUCCCAUCGCACAGCCAGUGUACCUGAAGCGCACGAGCCGCGCACAAAGACACCCACUUGAUCAAACGUUUCUCCCCCACAAUGCGGCGCAUGAACACAGUCAUGGCAUCCGAUGGAGCAUUGAGGCCACCUCUGGAAGUCUUUUGUAGUGUAGGUUGGCAGCACUGGGGCAGCAGGACACAAUGGUGGGGCACACCACCCAGGGGACAGGCGCUACCGCUUCUGAGGGUGCACGCGAGGGGUUACUGGAUGCCCAGCCACCAGGAUAACUGCGUCUCUACCUCAAACGCCCGUCAGUAUGUAAAGUCAGCACCUAGCUCGUUGCAAUAGCACCUAGCUUGUGGCAGUAGCCUCGGGACAGAGACGAACGCCAGACAUGUCGGCGCCAGACAUGUCCACUCGCGAGCGCGUUUGUUCGCUCAUCUAUACCAAGCAAGUGAUUCGCUUUCAGUAGGGAGCAUUUAACCUUCAGAAACGAUACCUUUUCAAAAAGCUUCCGAAGAAAGCUCACCGGGCCCCCGGAAUGGUAUGAAUGAACCUGUAUGCCCACCGUGCAUGAUUAGCUCUGCAGUGAGCUCUGCUUUGUAUAUGAUACUAUUGAA